CUUCUUCCUUCAACCAUCUCUCUUCCAUCAUCAAUUUCUGUUCUUGUCAAACGACAACGUGAGUUCAUCAUCCACCUAUCAUCAACUAUCACCUUCAUCAUCCAUCUAACGAAGAGUUCUUUAUCACAGAUAGAAGAAACUAAUAGAACCACCGUCAAACCUUUCAUCUCAUCCAUCGAUAUCGUAUCUAUCGCCACGAUGACAACUCUAUCCAUCGGCCAGCCGCGCUCGGUGGCAUCGAACAACGAUGUUCAUGGCGAGGAUGCGAGGGGAGAACGAAACACCACAAACAUCGACUGCUGUGUGUGUUUUGAGAAGUUCCAACAAAACGAGGUAACUCGUGUUGGAUGCGAGCACACUUACUGUCACGACUGCAUCAAGGAGCUGUUCGUUAGAUCACUCCACGAUCAGACCCUGUUCCCGCCGAAGUGCUGCAGUCAAGAGAUCCAGCUGGCACUCGUCGAGGGCCUCUUGAACGAGGAGGAACUUGACAACUUUAACAACCGCCACAUCGAACAUACCACAGCCCACCGCGUUUACUGCGGCAAUCGUGCGUGCGGCGCGUUCAUUCGCACAGAACUGAUCACUGGCGACAGGGCCCGUUGCACCGGGUGCCUGAACGUGACAUGUACAAUGUGUAUGUCGCCCUACCACUUUGGUACCGACUGUCCCCAAGAUCCGGCCAUCCAGAAUACGCUCGCGCUCGCGAACCAAGAAGGGUGGCAACGGUGUUACUCGUGCCGUACAGUCGUGCAGCUUGCUCGGGGCUGUAAUCAUAUGACGUGUCAUUGUGGUGCACAGUUCUGUUACCGAUGCGGCGCCAGGUGGCGAACCUGCGCCUGCGCUCACUGGGGGGAUGGACACCCUUUCGCGGAGCCGGAGUGGGUGAUG